UGGGUAACAAGGUACUCUCUUGACAGUAGCUUACAUCUUCUGACACAUGAUUAAUCCUCUUCGCCAUGGGAUCGUAACAGCUCCAAUCCUCUUCGCCAUGGAGGAGUUUCCUCAGCUACGCAAUGUUGUUGAUCAGCUCGAUAAAGAUCCAACAAAUGUUGACACUGUUCUAGAGUAUCUUGGGAAGAAAGGAAUACAAAGGACAAGAGAGUUAGCUAUGGAACAUGCGAGUCUAGCAGCAGCGGCAAUUGGGUCUCUACCUGAAACAGAAGAUGAAGAUGUCAAAAGAUCUAGGCGGGCACUUAUUGACCUGACACAUAGAGUCAUCACCAGAAACAAGUGAGGAUAAACAAGAAAAGUCUCUCUAU